AUGUCGUUAUACCGGCCGAGCAGUGCAGGUUAUGAGGGCAGCGUGUUCCUCACCACCAUGUCACAAAACAAACAGGCACCGAAGUGGAGCUUCGCCGGACGUUAUGGUCUUGCGAACUCAAGGCCACUGACACCCGGACCUGGCACCUAUGGUGCUGACUCUCGAUCGCAAAGGCAACCUGGCUACGGCUUCGGGUCCUGUGCACGGGAUCAGGGCCUGCUGUCCAUGGCAUCCCCGGGCCCCGGAGCUUACGGCGCCAGCGAGUCCUACGGCUCAAAGCGACCACACUCUGCGGGGCCUGCCUUCGGCAGAGCGAGACGCGGGCUUGGGAAUGGGGGUGGAACUCCAGGUCCUGGCGCCUAUGUGCCGAAUGUGAACUCCACGAGGCCGCAGUUCCCACGGCACACCUGCACUCCUCGCCGUGAUGGGUCGGUGGUGCGGCGGCGGUGCUCCACGCCAGGUCCAGGGACUUAUGGCGACCUUUGUGGUGGCCGCGGUGAAAGUCCACUGUCCUCGGCCCCGAGAUGGGGGUUUGGGACCUCCAACCGGGGCAUCCGCGCCAAUGGUCAAAAUCCGGGCCCGGGUCAGUACGACCUUCGUGAGGUUGGAGCCUUUGCACAAGAGUCUCCACAAGUCAUGCCGGGCUUGGCGGCAGCCAAAGAGGUGGCUGCGGCAGAGGUGAGCAAUGGGAUGCACAAGUGGAUAGUGCAUGCCCGAGCACGCCUCCCUGAAGCAGAUAUCAUCUCCACCAGCAGCUAUCAGCCGUGCGCCUCGUUGCAGGCCUUUCUCCUCGGUUCUGAAAGUGUGGCCUUGGCCAGGAUGGAGCAGGCCCAAUCGCAUCCCGAGGAGGAUGACUUCUCUCAGUUCCUGUCGCAGGAGAACGCCGCACCUCCUGCACAGCCGGAGGUGACUGCCGAGGCUCUUCUUCGAGUGGUGGCCGAGUCCUCCCAACGCCAGGAGCAGCUCCUGGGAAAGGUUUGCAGUUUGCUCGUGAGCCUGGAUGAGAAGCUCGGACGGAUCGCCUCUGCCCAGGAGAGGCUGGAAGACAGCUUGCACCGCGCUGCGGAUGCACCUGCAGGGGCGGCGCGUGCUCCUGUGUCCGGACAAGUGCAGCGUGGAGCCUUGGUGGCGCCCCCGGGCAAGCCGGGCUACUCUGCCGCAGGUGCCCAACAAGGUCCUUCGCCCGAGGAGCAGCGUCUGCAGCAAGAGCGCCUCGCAGCUGAGCGCUUGAGGAUGGAGGAGGAGAACCGCCGGCGUGCAGAAGAGAUGAACCGGCGAAGGGAGGAAGAAGAGCGCCGUAAGCGUGAGGAGGAGGAGCGGCGCAGACAGGAGGAGGAGCGUCGUCGCGAGGAGGAGCGGCUACGGAAGGAGGAGCUCGGCAAGAAGACCAGUGGGCUCAUGUCGGGGCUGCUUUCCAGCGACUCCGGCGGGGGCGGUGGGGGCUUGCACGGAGCCCAGAGAGUUUGA